AUGCAUGGCGACAAUAAUCUCUGCGUGACGCAUGGUAGGAGCCAAAAAACAGCUCCACGACAACCUCUACAUGGCCAUCUCAGGCGGCGAUGUGGUUGCGCCCCUGUUUGGAGCCCCAUAAAUGUGGAUCCAUGGUUUGUCAUACGUUGGAUCUUCGCCGGCGGCCAUCAACUUCGGUGUGACCUUGUCCCACCAACAGCUUGCUUGGUAUCUUGUCGGAGGAACACCCCAGGUUGUAUCUUAGGGGCACCGUCAAGUUCGCCGUCAGCUUGUCCUACAAAGAGCUUCGUUCAUAUCUUCUCCCACGGGUAUGGUUCAUAUGUUGUUUUCCAUGGUUGCAACCUCGAAGCCGGUUCUACUAGUGUUGUACUCCAUGCAUGGUUGAGGUAA